UAAAUAACCACCGUCUAUUUGAACACUUCAACUGUUACUGUUAGUCACCACGAAAGUACAGUCUACUGAAUUUCUUUCCAUCGAGUGUUUCUCGUUAUUUGUGUCAAAAUGAGUCAUUAGACUCAUAAACGAUUUUGAUCGUUCAGCAAACAUGAUCCUUUCCGCUAUAUACUGGAACAGUCAAUUGUUAACAACUUUCUGAUUUCAAGGAGCAUCCACAUUUUUCUCCAACUAAUAAAGAAAAUCAUUUCAAACAAUCUCCAGAGUUUCUGAAAGCGAAAUGAUUAUCCGGAGACCAAGAAUGAUUAAAUUUCAAAGAUCUAUACCUUUGUAUAUAAUACUCCUUUUAUUUGCAAUUGCUUUAUCUUACUAUAUUUUAAUUGGAGUUUACACUGUAAUUGAACGUGAUAUGAAUAGUACUAAGAAAACAUCACAACAAAUUGUAUUUAUUGGAGGUUAUCCAAGAAGUGGCACUACUCUUAUGCGUGUCUUGCUAGAUGUACAUCCAAUGAUUCGAUGCGGUCCUGAAACUAGAGUAAUACCCAAAAUCCUCAACUUACGAGGUCAGUGGGGUAGAGGAAAAGAAAGUGAACGACUUACAGCUGCUGGUCUAUAUCCCGUUGCAGUCGAUUCUGCUGUACGAUCAUUUAUAUUAUCUUUAAUCCAAAAUGCUGGAGAAAAUGCACUUGUUCUGUGUAAUAAAGAUCCACUAUCAUUUAUUUACCUUGAAUAUUUGGCGGAAAUAUUUCCUGAGGCAAAAUUCAUCCACAUGGUACGUGAUGGGCGUGCUGUGAUUAAUUCACUAGUAAAACGACAUGUUACCAUCAAAGGAGCACCUGAACUUAUAGAUGAAAAAUUUUUUGCAUGGGAAAAUCGAGUAAAUCAGAUUUUAAAAUCAUGUGCAGUUAUCGGGCCCAAACGAUGCACAACAAUCAAAUAUGAAUCAUUGGUACUCAGACCGAGAGAAGUUCUGGGUGAACUGUUUGAAUUUCUCGAAUUACCAUGGGAUCCAAUCGUUCUUCACCAUCAAACGGCUAUGAGUCAAAGCUCUCUAAGCAAACUCGAACCGAGUACUUCACAGGUUGUUCAUCCAAUACACUUGGCUUCACUAACUUCAUGGGCUUCAAGUAAUUCAGUGUUGCCCGAAUCUUUCAUCUCAUCAAUACACCGAGAAAGUGAUAUACUGAAAACACUUGGUUACGCUGAUUUGGGUGUACCACCACAUUACGGUACUCCAGAAAACCAGGUGGUCAAUAUAACUAGUUACCUUAUCAAUGAUCCACAAUUUAGGCAGAUAUUCUAACUUCAUAUUUUCCAUGUGAUAAUUUACUUUUGUUGUCAACAUUGUUUUGUGUAAAUUGUGUGAUACUUGUAAGUUAUCUGUGCGUAUUGUUCUCAAGUCGUUUGUUGUUAGGACAGUUGAGAAGUGUAUUUCUAUUUAUUGUGAAAUGUUAACAUUUCUAUUUUCUUGUUAAUGAGGUAUAAAUUUCAAGUGUUAAUUAUUUUUAACUGUUAUGGUUGUUAGUGAUGGUGAUGGUAGUGGUGACAUUUUGUAUUUUAAUAGUUUUCUACUUUGUAUUUUUUUAAACUUCAUAUUCGUGUAACUUCACAUUUCUAACUUCGUUACCAUAAUAAUAAAAAUGACAAUGAUGAUGAUGAUGGUGAUUGUGAGAUUUGUGGAACUUCUCCCUUUCUCUCUCUCUCUCUUUCUCCUUUGAUGAAUAUUCAACCAACAUAUCUUUAUUUGUGAUUAUGGCUUUUACUGUUUUUAUGUUGACUUCGUUUUAUUUUUAUAUACAUACUAUCUGGGAUAACAAGAGAUUGUUUGUUUUCUUUUUUUGAAUAAUAAUUUUUGAUUCUAUUUUAUUGUUAUAAAGAAAUACAUUUUGAUUUAUGAGUGAUAUAAUGUAUGAGUACAAUUUCAAUGUAUUAGCCAAUUCAUAUUUUGUAAUUUUGAAAGAUCAUUUAUAAUUGAAUAAGUAUUUUUAAUUAUUUAGUGUUUUAUUUUUAACUGUUUUGAAUGAAGAGGAGUGUUUUGAAAUGUUCAGAAUUUAAAUAUUCGAACUAUUGAACUCUUUGUUGUUGUUUAUAUUAAAUUAACAGUUAAUUUCCUCAACGAUCGAUAAUAUUAAUGAAACUUCUAAGUAAUUA